CCGACCAUUGGCCAUUUUAGAAACUGAGAGAGGUACUAUCGAAAAUGAGUAAUAAUUUGGAGAGUAGUGAAGUGAUUCAACCUUGAGUACACUCACUUGUGAGAAAAAUCGUAGGACCAAUGGGAUUGCUUCUCAUCAAAGAUAGACGAUUUUUAUUCGGUACAUAAGGUAAUGUUUAGCAUGUAUAACUGUUGUGUCAAAGCAAGGCACCAGCAGGAUUCAAAAUGGUCCUUGGUUGUUUGCAUCUGUGCAACUCUCUCACAAGUGAUGGUCUUGGGAAUUAUGCGCAGCUUUGGUGUGCUUUUUCCUGUAUUGAUGGCAAAGUUUGAAACAAACAGGGAAAAAACAGCUUGGGUAGGUUCCCUCUGCUUAUCACUUGCACUAUUUGCUGCUCCAUUUGUGGGACGUCUCUCUGACAAGUUUAGUUGUCGCUGUUUGAUCAUGACUGGAGCAUUGCUGUUUGUAACAGGACUUAUAGCAACAUCAUUUGUUAACAACAUUGCAAUCAUGUUCAUCACCUACAGUAUUCUUACAGGACUAGGAGCAUGUUUCUGUCGUACGUCAUGUUUUUUAAUAGUAGCAAAGUACUUCAACAAGAAGCGAUCAUUUGCCACAGGGAUUUUAACCAUGGGGGCCAGUCUCGGAAUGUUUGUAUGGGGCCCUAUAACACAGGUCCUACUUGAUUCAUUUGGCUGGAGAAACACAUAUAGAGUGAUGGCAGCUUCCUGCACCCUUAUUUUCAUCUGUGCUAUGACUUUUAAUCCCAAUGUUGAGGAGAAUGACUGGGAAGCAGCAGGGAAGCAAAAAAUAGGAGAGAGCAAUGAUAACAAUGAGGAGAAAGAUUGCUGUGGCAAUGACUUUGAAGCUAGGAGUGAGGAAAUGAAAAUUCUUGAUUUUUCAGUAUGGCAGAUUCCCCAGUUUUGCAUACUUGUUUCUUCAUUCACACUGAUGUUCUUGUGUCGUUUCAUACCCAUGGUUCAUCUAGCCAAGUACAGUGAAGAACUGAACAUUUCACCUCAUCAAGCCUCAUUCUUUUACAUGUUCCUUGGAAUCUCAUCAGGCACAUCUGCAUUUCUAAUUGGCAGACUGUGUGAUGUCAAAUGGAUCAAUAUACGUUAUGUAAAUCAGCUUGGAAUUUUGGUUUCUGGAAUCUCUACACUGCUCUUACCACUUGCUAAAAACUAUCUUUCUGUUGCAUUUUAUGCUGUAGUGUUUGGGUUCUCAGAUGGAGCCUUCAUCACAACACAAAAUGUAAUUCUCUUGAAUAUUGUUGGGCCCAAGAGACGAGCAGCUGCAUUUGGGUUUGGGUGCAUGUUGUGUUCACUGGCUUUAGCUGCUGGUCCACCUUUAACAGGCUUCAUAGCUGACCAACUGGCUUCAUACAAGUUUGCGUUUUACACAAUAGGCUCUCUAAUUCUUCUCAGUGCAGCUAUUCAGAUGCUUCUGAUCUGCUUUGAGUCUCCAGUCAGUGAGACCAAAGGAGAUAGUGAUGCUGCUGUGACUGUCAAAGUGGUUACAGUCUCUGAGAAUAUCUGCACAGAAAGUCAACAUGGGAAACCUGACGAUAAAGAACUCCUGGGAGGCCUUUAUGUAAAAUCUCUGUUGAAAAAGAACAGCAACAUCAGUGCUUCUGUGGAGAGUAUCCAGCUCCUUUAAAAUUUUACACCUUGACAACAGUAUGUACAUUCUCCAUACUGCUCUUUAUAAAUUUACCAUGAUACUGAGUAGGAGAACUUCCUUAACGAUCAAGAAUUUCUUAAGUUGGCUGCUCUUUCUAUCAUUCUCAUGACCUUGAAGUGUUUGAUUCAAUGGUGAUACAAUGAGGAGGAAUCAGUGGGGAUUAUAACCCUUAACUCCUAAGAUCUCACUGGUAAUUCUCCUUACUGUCUGCCAUGUACAGUUCUUGUAAUGUUAGUUUUGAGAAUUUGGUUUUGGAUCAACUAAUAAUCCUCUAAGUUAUAUUUUUCUUUAUUCUCAUCACUUAAUUGUCUGCUUGAUAUUGUACUGAUAUCACAAUUACAUCAAAAGGAGAAAUGCUGUCUUGGUCACUUAUGGGAGUUAAAGGGUGAAUGGAACACUUUUUUCAGAAUUAUUUUAUAGUUAUGUUAUAAAUGUACUUGGUUUAUAUUAACUAACUUAUAAUCAUGAUAGCUAUAAAAAAUCAUGAUGAUUCUUUUGAUUGCAACGAUAGUCUAGAUAAUCAUAAUUAUAACAAUUAAUCGUCAAUCGUGGUGGAUAUUGGGGAAUAUCCAUCACUCACUGAUACUAAGGUGAAUACUUGCUUUUGUGCUGAAUAUAUCACACGGAUACAAAAAAAUAUUUAUUUCUUCUGGACAAUAUACUGAAGAGUGGCCAGAAAUUAAGUCUUGAUGUGUGAUUUUGUCUCAUCAGCUACUUAGAAGUGCAUGGUAUUUACUAUUCACUAAUGAGUCAGCCCAUCUGAGGGCAGUAAUGUUCACUUGUGUGGUAUAUGCAAAUAAUUAUUAUGAUUGUUAGAUUAUUUAGUGAAUGAAAUUAAGUUAAAUCUGCAAUUUUCUUGGGAUCUAACAAUCUAGAUAUUAAGUAAAAUCUGAAGUACUUUUAAGAAUACAGUAUUUAUGCCUUUUGGCCUCCUUUUCAUUUGUGGCUUGCUCAUUCCUUACUGAAAGAACUCCUUCAAAACAAUUUAUGUUUUUUUUACUUUUGGUUCAUUCACAUUUUGGCUGCUAGUCUUAAUUAUGGAGUAUUAUAUUUACCUUUAAUAAUAAUCUACAUUGCAUUCACAACAAAAUUCAACUUGAUCUCCAGAAUUGAAAUGAAAAAAAUAUUUAUUUUUGAAGUUUUACCAAUGAUGAACUAUUUAUUCUUUUAAGAAAGUUUAAGUUUGUUUGAAUAUUUGGGUAAAAACUUUAAGGGGUAUGGGUAUUUCAGUUAAAUAGUGAUUUUUGGAAUUAUGGGGAUACAAUCUGCAGGAAUUAAUGGGGUACAUUAUUGUUAAUAUUAAGUUUAAUUAAAGUUAAAUUAAUGAGAUGCAGGAUACUCAGAGCCCCCUAAUGGACCCUACAUAAGGGCUUCAUCAAUCUGUAAACCUUGGGUAUUUGAAUGAUUAAACUUAAGUCACAAAUUAAAUGUUAAACAAAUGUCAGUUAGCUUUGCAAUGAAAUUGACAGUACUGUUUAUCCACAAUCAAGAUAACAUUGAUUAAAAUUUGGAAUUAUA